AUGCAAAUAAUGUGGUUGCAUUUAUUGGUGCUAUUAUUUUCAACCUUUGUGGUUAGUUACGAAGAUAAAUCGAAAAAUCUGCUGGUGCUUCUGGAGAAUUUUCAUAUUAAGGAGACUCAUUCCACUUUUUUAAAUAUGUUGACAAACAGGGGUUAUAACUUGACCACAAAACUUGCUGAUGAAUCAUCUAUUUCACUAAAAUACCUUGGGGAAUAUUUAUAUUCGGGCCUAAUUAUUCUAGCCCCAUCUGUUAGCGAGUUUGGGGGUGAAUUAAGCGUUAAGGAAAUAACCAAUUUCGUUGACGAUGGGGGAAACCUCGUUGUAGUUGCUGGCCCAAAUGUGGGUGAAUCUAUUCGGGAGUUGGGGAGUGAAUGCGGGGUGGAGUUUGACGAAAAAAACACUCUUGUUAUCGACCAUUUCAAUUUCGACAAAAAGGAUGAUGGUUUACACUCUUUAAUCACUGUGCCUGCAAAUAAUCUGGUCAAAAGCAAUGUGAUAACUGGGGGGAAAGUCGACGCACCAUUGUUAUAUCGUGGGAUAGGUAUUGCAGCUGAUCAAACUAACCCUUUGCUCAUUGAUGUCUUACACGGAUCGAAGACUUCUUACAGCUAUAACCCAGACGAAACCAUAGUAGAUUAUCCAAACACUGUUGGCACAAACACUCAGCUGAUCACAGCAUUACAGGCAAGAAAUAACGCUCGUGCCUUGUUCAUUGGUUCGUUGGAUUUCUUAUCGAAUUCGUUUUUUGAAUCUACCGUUGAGACUGAGUCUCAAAAGAGUGUGAUUUGUGGCAACCAAAUGCUUACUGAUAAUCUGUUGCGAUGGGUUUUGGGUGAGCGUGGUCAGCUGCGACAUGUUUACGUGAAACACCACCGAGUGGGUGAAACUCUUCCACCUAGCCAGUAUACAAUUUUGGAUGACGUUAUUUACAUAAUCAAAAUCGAAACAAAGGACGAUAACGGGAAUUGGGUUCCUUUCAAUGCAGACGAUGUCCAGUUGGAGUUUGUGCGAAUUGAUCCAUUUAUCAGAAAGAAAAUGGAACACAAAAAUGGUGAAUACAAACUUGUUAUGAAACUACCUGAUGUGUACGGAGUUUUCAAAUUCGUAGUUGAUUAUUAUCGUGUUGGCUAUACACACCUACUAAGUGUUACACAAGUUCCUGUUCGUCCAUUUACUCAUACACAAUAUGAACGAUUCCUCGUGGCUGCUUAUCCUUAUUAUGGUAGUGCUAUAUCAAUGAUGAUUGGUCUAAUAUUAUUUAGUUUUGUAUUUUUGUAUUUAAAAGAUGAUAAAGAAAAAGGUGAAUAA